UUGUGUUUUGUGCGGAGUUUCUCGUAAAUUUGGAUACUCUCUGUGGAUUGGAUUAUCGUCGUGACAGCUUUUAUUUGAAGGCCACUUGGAAGUGAUUUAGGAAAAAUUGGAUGUCGAAGAUGCUGUAGAAGAUUGAGACCACGAUGAUCUUCGUUGUCUUCGCCGUCUUCGCUCUCUUCGCGUCGAAGGCUUCGGCGGAUUUGACUCCUGUCGUGGUAGCUUCUUCGCCCAACGGAGUCGCGUCGGCUUCUGCCCCCAACUCGAGAUGCGAGGAGAUAACCAUCCCCAUGUGUCGGGGGAUAGGGUACAACAUGACUUCAAUGCCCAACGAGUUGAAUCACGAUACUCAAGAAGAAGCCGGGCUAGAAGUGCACCAGUUUUGGCCCUUGGUGGAGAUCAGAUGCUCGCCGGACUUGAAGUUUUUCCUGUGUUCGAUGUACGCGCCCAUCUGUAUCGAGGACUACCACAAGCCCCUGCCCGCUUGUAGGAGUGUUUGUAUCAGAGCGAGAGACGGCUGUGCCCCUCUCAUGCAGCAGUACGGGUUUCAAUGGCCCGAAAGAAUGGCUUGUGAAAAGCUGCCUGUGCACAACAGUGACCCGGACAAUUUGUGUAUGGAGCAGAACAACAGAACUGACAUGACUCAGUACUCUGCCGUGACUCCACCUACAAAGCCCACCAAGAAACCUACGAGUGUUACAUCGCGCUGUAAACCCGGUAAAAAUGGAAAGUGCAGAGAGCCAAAUUCUCUCUACCCCAUUGGAGACUUUACUCACCCCAGUGGAAAAGAUUGUGCGUGCAGAUGUCGUCCUCCACUCAUCACAAUCGAGCGGGAAAACUUCCUCUACAACAGGAGUAUAUCCGUCGCCGGCGUAGACAACUGCGGUUUUCCAUGUAGAGGCGUUUUCUUCACCCAAGAAGAAAAGGAGUUCGCGACUAUUUGGAUUACGUUGUGGUCCGGACUGUGUGCGGUUUCUACUUUGAUGACACUUACUACGUUUCUGAUUGACACGGAGCGCUUCAAGUAUCCAGAGAGACCAAUAGUUUUCUUGUCUGCCUGCUACUUCAUGGUCAGCGUCGGUUACCUCAUCAGAGUCGCGUUAGGACACGAGGAAGUUGCUUGUGAAGGAAGGAUGAUUAGGUACAGUGCUUCAGGACCGAUACCUUGUACACUGGUCUUCCUCCUCAUUUACUAUUUCGGAAUGGCAUCCUCCAUAUGGUGGGUAGUGUUGUCUUUCACUUGGUUCUUGGCCGCCGGAUUAAAGUGGGGGAACGAAGCUAUCGCCGGGUACGCUCAAUAUUUUCAUCUAGCAGCCUGGUUGAUUCCCACAGUAAAGUCAGUCGGGGUGUUAGUGAUGGCUGCAGUCGACGGAGAUCCAGUAGCAGGGAUCUGUUACGUUGGUAACCAAAACGCUGAAAAUCUACGUAUAUUCGUACUUGUUCCACUUCUCGUCUAUCUGCUUCUCGGAACCUCAUUUCUUCUCGGAGGAUUCGUCUCGCUCUUCAGGAUCCGCAGUGUAAUCAAACAGCAAGGAGGGAUUGGAGGACGCAGCAAAGCCGACAAACUAGAGAAGUUAAUGAUCAGAAUUGGAAUAUUCAGUGUACUCUACACUCUCCCUGCGACAACAGUUAUUGGCUGCCAUUUCUACGAGUCUACUCUAUACACAGACUGGAUGACACCCCUCGUGUGUCCUUGCAAUGAAACUGUCCACCAUAGAACCCGCUUCCGUCCCCUCUACACGGUCCUGAUGCUCAAGUACUUCAUGGCGUUGGCUGUCGGGAUCACCUCUGGAGUGUGGAUCUGGUCGGGGAAGACCCUCGGCUCGUGGAGUAGACUCUGGAGGAGGCUGUUUGGUGGUGGCCACGGCCACGGCCAGGUCCUCAUCAACCCUGGAAAGCAGAGGGUGAUGAAGCAGCAGUAUCUAGUCCCUGUAGUUCCCGCUCCCAGCAGCACCCUACUGUCAGCGCCUCACGUGGCUCCUGGCAGCAUCCCCACGUCGGGCAGUCUUCACCACCACAUGAUCAAACAGGCCCAGCAAGCGCCGCUCACCCACGUAUGACAGAAAGCGCACUCCGAGACUCCUGACUCGGCGCCUGCUCUCAGCAACUACGGACCCAUAUAGCUAUGGGCCGGACAGGUCACUAGGUUGUAAGUACGUACUUUAGUGCUGCUCUCGUUUUAGAUUGGAUAACAGACAUGACUCUGUUGUGAGGUAUCAGGGAAGUUUUCUUAUCUUUAUUUCACUUUGAAUUAUAAGUAAUACCAAUAUAAGAUGUUUGCAAAAGGUUUCACGUAAUGUACCAUAUCUUAAUUUUCAGUGUACUAAAUGUGGUACCACCCAAGCUUUAGAUAUUUAAUUCAGUGAUGUAAAACUAUUUAACACAAGUUCAUUUUAGGCCAAUGAAUGUUCUCAUCAGGCAUAAUAUAGCGUUAAAUUAGUUUCAAUACUUGUGAAGGUAACAUUUUUUUUGCAAUUGAAUUGUAGACUAAGAUAAACGACUAUGAAAUGUCAAAUACCCCGCACAAAACUAUCCUUCAUCCAAUUACGAUUGCAUAAUCUAUUUAACAAAAUUCGUGGUAUGAGCUAUUUAUGGAAGACAUCUUUCCACUACAGCCAUAGUUUUCUAUCCCUCGCAUGACUGGGAAUGACCGUGACUGGCACGAGAAAUACAAACACGUCGAGUGCGUGAGGCAGAGAGCAGAGAGAUUGUGAAGAGCUCUUCGACUGACCUCACAAUGCGAGACCCGCCUCUUAUCACGACCUUGUUGAUUGUAACCAGUUUGUCAGUCUCGCUAGUCAUCCACAACCCACCUGGACAAACACUUGACGUUGCUUUCUGAAAGCGCAGCUGUCAAACGUGGGUCGCUGGUUUUCAGAAUUGUAGGACAUUUGAAUGAGGGAUGGCGGUUUGUACGAUUAAUGUUUACAUUUCAACUUUGUUCCGAAAGUGUUAAAGAACAUUUUGAAAAUCACUGCUAAACGUUAUUUGCUAUCGUUUGAGUAUUUGAAAUACAACCAAGUGGAAUCUUUGAAUUUCAAUAUGAAGCACUUGUGUCAAUUUAAACCGUUUAAGUCACAUCACAUUCUUUAAUAAAAAAAUGCAUUUUAUAGUUAAUCACCUGAUUUUAAAAGAUGUGAAGAAUUAACCAGCUUGGUUAGUGAAACCUAACAGUCUUGAUGUUGAAAAUUUUUACGGCCAUAAACACAUUACAAGUAGUCUUUAUCUCGAAUCUUCUUUAACUCCAAGUAACACAGAAGUUUGAUAGUACAGCUUUACAGUUAGAUAUACUGUAUUUUAAAUACGUAGAAAACGGAAAGCUGUAUUUAAAAUUUGGAUCUGAAUACAAAUUAUGAAUUUUCCGUGGUAGCAUUUGCAAAGUCACAACCGAGGGCAAAGUAACCUAGAGUAACUCUAUCCCCAUAUGCCAAGUACAAGCUUCAUCCGAAUCCAAUUGAAAAGAUUAUUGAAUUCGCUUUCACCGUGACCUGCACCCGGUUGACAAAUUUGCGCAUAAACUCGACAAAUUCCCUCCAAAACUCGACAAUCCGAUUGGCUGCGGCUAAUAAGCGUUGUCGCAGUGGAAUGCAAUUACCGUGGAUCAUCCGCAUAUUGAUCUGCUAGCGUGCUUCCCUCUCGUCCUCUGGUAAUUUACGAGGGUUUCAGCCUCUCGCAUUAAUAUUAACCUUCGAUGCCUUUAGUUCGCAUCGGGCAGAUCUCCUUUGGGAAUUUAUGUUUUUUUGCGAAGGAUCCUUCAUUAAUGCCACUGUUUUACGAUGUAUUCAACUUCAGUUUUCUAGGUAGGGCCUUCGUCAUUUAGAGAUGGACUUCACUAAUUUGAAUAGCAUGCGAACGUAGUUUUUUUAACGUACCUUUAGACAGUGGUGUGGUUCAUAUCCUUCUGUUUUUAAAGUAAGUAAUACUCACUGCUUCAUAGUUUUCAACAUUCCCCUGUUGGUAAGGACUCACGAUCGUAUGUCCCCAAUCCCCAAUGUUAAAUAUGUAGGAAUUGCUAUUGUUUGUAGAACUACAAUCAAUAACCCUCUACUCAUUACUCUUUACCACUCGACGAUUUGAUCGCGAAACCCUUUUUGAUAAAACUGGGGCGAACGAAAUAGGUCGGUAAUCCACAAUUUCCUUUGCAGCGACGGGAGCAAACGCGGAUCUGAAAUCAAAUAACGCAGUAUGGAGGACUGAUUUCAUUUCACGUUCGCAACGCUCGUUCGGAUUGCGCAAACUUCUACAAAUUACUCUCUGUUUAUUGAAUUCCCUUUCUUUGACUGUACGCAACAGUAAUUCACUUGCAAAUCGUCUUUUUAACCUUUGUACCACUCUGUGUUUGACUUUGCAGACGCUUUUGAAACCUUUCGUCUGCCACUUGGUUUUAUUUGCACUCAAACAAUAUUGUUUAACAAGAUCUUAUCGUAUUUGAUAUUUAACGUUUUUGGUUGAGCGGUUGUUAAAAGUAGAACUUAAUUGGAAUGUAUCUGAGUUUGGUUUGUUUUUACGUUAUAUACGUGGUAUUAUGUUGCAAUCAGACACUAUGAUGCUAUAAAAUCAUUGUUUUAAUGUUUAAAAUCAAUUCAAACUUGCUUCAAGAUAAUAACAAAUACACACAAUUUAUUCAACCAUCUAUAAAUACUGAUUGCCUCAUACCCCGGCCAUGCGAGGGAUUUCAGUAAGCUGUGAUUGAAAAUAAAUUAUAAAAAGGCAAUCAGUCCGUCCGAUGACCACCAGUAUCAUUGUAAAACAAUCCAUCAUUUAUCUGGGAUUAAUUCGUGUUCGGAUGAUACCUACAGGUGGUUUAUCUUGUUUGUUUUUCAUAGUAUGACAUUACUUAUUAUUUUUUAAUAAGGUUUUGAUUAAUUUCAAGUGCUUGUUUAUUAUUAAGUAGUAGUUUGUUGAUUAGGCUUACACGAGAGCAGCAAAUAUUAAAGUAUGAAUUACACUGAACUCAAGCAAUACUGAAAAUCAGUCUACCAUAAGGGUAGACGUUUUCGUUUAUUCGUAGAAGACUAUUUUUUAAUGUGAACCGAUAUACGUAACAAAGUGAUGCACAAUGUGUGGACUUAUUUUGUAGGUAAGCUUUACAGAAGGAAUUACUGCCAGCAGUGAAACAAUAAUUUAUACCUUUAUUGUAAAUAUGUAUAGUCUGUAAAUAUGUGUAUUUAUAUUAAUGUACAGAGUGUAUAUGUUUGUAUCUAAGCUUACUGUCGCGUACGGCUAAGUUAUCGUAAUAUAUGUCGUUUAGAGUUAGAAGAGAGAGGAGUACCCCAGGUUGAACUUUUAGGACUACUUUUCUUUAGAUGGUUUAUUAGCGAAUUUCCCUAUAGGGAAGUAGCUAUUACCGUAGGUCUCAUGGUAAGACUUAGGCCCGG